AUACAUCAGAGAAGUCACACAGGUGAGAAUCCAUUUUCUUGCUCUGAGUGCGGGAAAUGUUUUACACAAAAAUCACAACUUGUUACACAUCAGCAAAGUCACACAGCUGAGAAGGCAUUUCCAUGUUCUGAGUGUGGAAAAUGUUUUGCAUACAAAUCAGAUCUUGUUAGACAUCAGAGAAGUCACACAGGUGAGAGGCCAUAUUCUUGCUCUGAGUGUGGGAAAUGUUUUUCCCAGAAAUCACAUCUUGUUCUACAUCAGAGAAGUCACACAGAUGAGAGGCCGUUUUCUUGCUCUGAGUGUGGGAAAUGUUUUUCCCAGAAAUCACAUCUUGUUCUACAUCAGAGAAGUCACACAGAUGAGAGGCCGUUUUCUUGCUCUGAGUGUGGGAAAUGUUUUAGAUGGAAAUCACAACUUGUUACACAUCACAGAAGUCACACAGGUGAGAAGCCAUUUUCUUGCUCUGAGUGUGGGAAACAUUGUUUAAAUAAAUCACAUCUUGUUAUACAUCAGAGAAGUCACAUAGGUGAGAAGCCAUUUUCUUGCUCUGAAUGCGGGAAAUGUUUUUCCCAGAAAUCAUAUCUUGUUAUACAUCAGAGAAGUCACACAGGUGAGAAGCCAUUUUCUUGCUCCGAGUGUGGGAAAUGUUUUAGAUGGAAAUCACAACUUGUUACACAUCACAGAAGUCACACAGGUGAGAAGCCAUUUUCUUGCUCUGAGUGUGGGAAACAUUGUUUAAAUAAAUCACAUCUUGUUAUACAUCAGAGAAGUCACACAGGUGAGAAGCCAUUUUCUUGCUCUGAAUGCGGUAAAUGUUUUUCCCAGAAUUCACCACUUGUUACACAUCAGCGAAGUCACACAGGUGAGAAGCCAUUUUCUUGCUCUGAGUGCGGGAAAUAUUUUUCCCAGAAAUCAUAUCUUGUUAUACAUCAGGGAAGUCACACAGGUGAGAAGCCAUUUUCUUGCUCUGAGUGUGGGAAAUGUUUUAGAUGGAAAUCACAACUUGUUACACAUCACAGAAGUCACACAGGUGAGAAGCCAUUUUCUUGCUCUGAGUGUGGGAAACAUUGUUUAAAUAAAUCACAACUUGUUAUACAUCAGAGAAGUCACACAGGUGAGAAGCCAUUUUCUUGCUCUGAAUGCGGGAAAUGUUUUUCCCAGAAAUCACCACUUGUUACACAUCAGCGAAGUCACACAGGUGAGAAGCCAUUUUCUUGCUCUGAAUGCGGGAAAUGUUUUUCCCAGAAAUCAUAUCUUGUUAUACAUCAGAGAAGUCACACAGGUGAGAAGCCAUUUUCUUGCUCCGAGUGUGGGAAAUGUUUUAGAUGGAAAUCACAACUUGUUACACAUCACAGAAGUCACACAGGUGAGAAGCCAUUUUCUUGCUCUGAGUGUGGGAAACAUUGUUUAAAUAAAUCACAUCUUGUUAUACAUCAGAGAAGUCACACAGGUGAGAAGCCAUUUUCUUGCUCUGAAUGCGGUAAAUGUUUUUCCCAGAAUUCACCACUUGUUACACAUCAGCGAAGUCACACAGGUGAGAAGCCAUUUUCUUGCUCUGAGUGCGGGAAAUAUUUUUCCCAGAAAUCAUAUCUUGUUAUACAUCAGGGAAGUCACACAGGUGAGAAGCCAUUUUCUUGCUCUGAGUGUGGGAAAUGUUUUAGAUGGAAAUCACAACUUGUUACACAUCACAGAAGUCACACAGGUGAGAAGCCAUUUUCUUGCUCUGAGUGUGGGAAACAUUGUUUAAAUAAAUCACAACUUGUUAUACAUCAGAGAAGUCACACAGGUGAGAAGCCAUUUUCUUGCUCUGAAUGCGGGAAAUGUUUUUCCCAGAAAUCACCACUUGUUACACAUCAGCGAAGUCACACAGGUGAGAAGCCAUUUUCUUGCCCUGAGUGUGGGAAACGUUUUACACGGAAAUUAUAUCUUGUUAGACAUCAGAACUCACACAAGUGAGAAUAUAUUUCCAUGUUCUGAGUGUGGGAAAUGUUCUGCACACAAAUCAGAUCUUAGAAACCAUGAGAGAAGUUGCACAGGUGAGAAGCCAUUUUCUUGCUCUUAGUGCGGGAAAUGUUUUACAUAGAAAUCACAACUUGUUACACAUCACAGAAGUCACACAGGUGAGAAGCCAUUUCCAUACUCUGAGAAAUAAAUCGGCACUUGUUGCACACAUUAGACAUCACUCAGGUGAGGAACCAUUUUAAUCUUCUGGAGUAUACUCCUCAUUGCCAUGCAUUGUUCUUCAAAGUUCUUAUCCUAUCUCCUAUGCUUUUUGCAAUAUACAUGUUACCACUGGGUGAAAUAAUCAGGUGUCAUGCCCUCAUCUACCACUGCUAUGCAGAUGACCUGUCUUUUGAUCCAGGUACUGAGAAACCAGUACCAAUCCUAAAUGGUUGUCUAGCUGAGCUCCAGGUGUGGGUGAUGCCAGUUGGCUGUGACUCAGUCCUGGUGAAACAGGUCCUUAUGAUAGAAGCUCACCAAUAAACGGCAGGGCUACAACUCAGCUUUACUACCAACCAGACGCCACAUAACACCCAUUCUCUGUUCCCUCCACCGGCUGCCUGUAAGAUGGUGACUGUUACAUAAUCUUACUGACUCUCCCAGCCCUACAUGACCAGGGUCCAAGGUACCAGAAGCAGCUUCUGACUCCUUACUGUCCUACUUGCUUCCAUCUGCAGAUGGACUGUUACCAGCAAUACCAAGAAACCCCAAGCAGUGCUGAGAUGUCAGAGGGGAGACAGGGUGGGUGGCACUAUUGCUGUAUCGGGGGCACUGUCUGGGUAAUAUUAUCCCCAAGCAGAGCUGAGGGGGUACUCAGGGUGGCUGGCAGUAGUGGGGACUGCAGGAGGCAGUGUAUGUGUGAGAAUCUUGUCCUCAAGCAGAGUUAAGGUGUCAGAGGGGGAGACAAGGUGGUGAAAGUAGUGGAAAGGAGACAGGGCGGAUGGCAGUAGUGAGCGGAGACAGGGUGGGUGGCAGUAGUUGGGGGAGACAGGGUGGUGGCAGUAGUGGGGGGAGACAGGGUGAGUGGCAGUAGUGGAAGGAGACAGGGCGGUGACAGUAGUGGG